CGCAGCGACACUUUAGUCAAUGAACCAGGGUGAUAGAAUUAACAUAACGCAUUCGAAUUUGACACUUUGUGCAGCAUUUACUGUUUGGCAAAUAUCACAUAAUAAUUUGCAUUGGAAUAGUGAAAAAUAAAUAGCAUGAAAAAUUGUCGGCAACAUCAAUAGUGUUUUAUCAUUGAUAGUAAUCGUUUAAAAAACAAAAUAAAAAAAACAAUUGACCGUAAUUUGAUUUAAUCGUCGUCAUUACGCUAAUAAAUCUCGUACAGGUGACCGUGUGUUCGAUAUAAGUGUCAGUGAUUGAAUCGCAAUAGAAAAGUAAACAUGUGGAAAAUUGGAGUGUUUUUUGGUAUUUUGGUCGUCGUGGUUUAUGCAGCACCUCAAGCACCAGCUGCAGAAAAAUAUGAGCCGUUCGAAUAUCAGUACGAAGUGAAAGAUCCCGAAAAAAUGCUAUUUUUUGAUAAAAACGAAAUUGGCGAUGCGAGCGGAAAGGUCACUGGGAAAUAUUCAGUAUGGCUUCCCGAUGGCCGUCUAAUGACAGUAGAUUAUGAAGUUACAAAAGAAACUGGAUUCGUGCCUAAAGUGUCAUUCCAGGAGAAUGCCAAUCCACUUCAAGGAUAAUUAAACAUUCGCCAUUUUCUUUAAAAUGUUUUGAACCGCGAUUAUUUUUAUCCUCAAUAAAAAUGACCGUAAUGUACACUGUACAUAGUCAAACAAUAAAAAAAACUUUUAAAAAAUGUUACUCA